GCACUAUUAACCGCGCGGAACUGGGGACAGAAAAAUCUGUCGACUCACCGCCAUCUUGAAAAGCUACAAUUUUCUUUCAAGAGUACUUUUCGCCGUUGUCUGGCAUUCCUGAAGCAAAAUGCCUGGAACAGAGGAACCGAUUACUAAAGUGGUGGUCCACCCAAUUGUAUUGCUUAGCGUUGUCGAUCACUUUUAUAGAAUGGGUAAAGUUGGAAAUCAAAAGAGGGUUGUUGGAGUAUUGUUGGGUUCAAGACGAAAAGGUGUACUCGAUGUAGCUAAUAGUUUUGCUGGUGAGAGAUUUCUUUCUUAUUUAGCACUUAUGAAAAGAUAAAAAAUUUAAAUAACUCUGGCUGUAUUUGAUCCUUGCAAACUCUGGGUGUUUUUCCAGGAUCGGCUGGAUUGAAUCUAAUUGAUCGAUCGUUCAGCUUUGACACGCACGUGUCAAAAAAAGGUAAAAUUUCCGCACAGCCCCAUACUAUUGUAAAACAAAUCUGUUUUCCCAAUGGCAAUAUAUUGUUUUGGUCACUGUUUUCUCUAUCCAAGAACUGAAUGCAUAAUGUAGUAUGGGGUUGAGCGGAAAUUUUACCAAAAAAAACUAAGCUUUUUUGUUUCUCUCUUAGUUUCUUUACACCUUUAAGAAGACAGUGAUCUGAUCUGUGUGUUUUCUUUGAUAGUUCCUUUUGACGAGGACGAAAAAGAUCCUACUGUGUGGUUCUUGGAUCAUGACUACCUUGAGAACAUGUAUGGGAUGUUUAAGAAAGUCAAUGGUGAGUCUUUUAAUCCUCUGUCCCCAAAGAGUGACUAGCAUCUAAUUUCUCCUUACAUUAUCACCCCUGAGUCAGACAAUUAGGUUACGAGGAUAAAGGAAUGAUCACUGACUGAAGAAGCUCUCGGCUGUUAAACAAGUUCUCUUUUUCACUAUCAUAAGAAAUGUGUAGAAAACACUAUGGAGAAAAUGCAUACUGAUGUUAAGGUGUAAAUGGUUAACUCAACAGACUGCUGUCUGAGUUUAUUGAGGUGAAGUCCUGUUGCAUUGAACCUUUGGUGAAUUAUAUUAAAAUGAUGGGAAUCUAAGAUGGGGCAAGAGGUUACAGUUUGUGUUUCUUUAUUUAAUUAGUUGCCCUCAAGGGUUUGUAGGAGUCCUGGAAAACCUAGAGAGUCCUAGAAUUUUAUACUGAAAUUUUCUUGGACUGGAAAGUCCUGGAAAAAGACUAUAGAUCUUGGAAAGUCCUGGAACUUGGCUUAACACAAGCAAUAGAGUUUUCAGGAUUAAUGCUAUAAGAAAGGCGUACAGCCCAUAAGGAGAAUUGAUUUAAAAUCUAGGUAAUGAAUGGGUUUAACCCUUAAACUCCCAUGAGUGACCAAGAGAGAAUUUCUCUUUACAAUAUCAACAAUAUCAAGCAGAAAAGUGAUGGGAAUAAAGAAAAAAUCUUGAUUAGGGGAUUAUUAGUGAUCCAAUACCAAAUUCUCCAAACUAACAUCACAAUAACUACUUGGCAGACAGUAAAGAAAAAUUACACAUGAGAUCCUGGGAGCUAAAGGGACAAGGUGAAAUGUAGAGUCCUGGAACAGACAAUCUUAAUCCUAGAAGAGUCUCAGAAAAGUCCUUGAAAUUUGUUUCCGGGUACAAACUCUGGCCUUCUCUUUGAUCACCUCAAGUCUAUAACGAUGUAACAUUAAUUACAUAAUUUAGUCAAAGCUUACCAUAUGUUCAGAGUUAUUGUUUGCCUGUUUUGAGUUCAGUAACUUGUAACUUUUAUGUUUACUUUUCUUUACUUUUUGUUAACCUUGUUUGCAUGUUUGUUUGUUUUUCAAUGUUCAAAGCACGUGAAAGGAUUGUUGGCUGGUAUCACACAGGACCUAAGUUACACCACAAUGAUGUCAAAGUGAAUGAGUUGAUCAGAAGAUACUGCUCCAACUCAGUAAGUAUUAUAUAUUUCAAAUCUUGCACUGAUAUUGGUCUCAUACAGUCUUGCGCUGUGUAGUGUGUCAGUCUUUCACUGAGGAGCUCCUUAUUCACUUCUCUGACAACCCUUUGUCAAUGGGUCAUUCAGCCCAUGUAUUUUUGGUGAAAAAGGUAGAUCAAGUUUGUACUAGACACUAGCACUGGAGCUGCCCCCUUUUUUUAAUUAAUUUCCUUGCUUAUUUUUUGUUUUCAUUACCUCCUUUAUUUUCUCACUAAUGUAUUUUUUUUCUUUCUUUUUCUUGACAUCCUAAUGUAAAGUAAUGUAAAUUCACGUGCAAGAAGAAAAAGUUUGUUCUUCAACCAAGUGGCCCCUUUAGGUGCAGCUUAUCGUGAUUUCCUUAGCAUUAAAUGACUAAGAAGUGUUGUUCCUCUGACCCUGAGCUGGGAUGGAUGGAUGCUAGUCCACCACAAGUUUACUCCCCAGCAUUUCAUCAGGCUUCCCUGACAAUUUUCCAGUACCUAUUUGUACUCCUAGCUGAAGAGAGACACUGUGAAAGUUAACCCUAUAAAUCCCAAAGUCAGUUCUCUCCUUUUGGUGUUAUACAUUCCCUUUUAAAUUUUUUACAAGAAUUUGGAGGUAGAUCAAGAGGACAAACUCCACCUGACAAGUUUGAGUUUCUCAUUACCUGUUUGCUGUUUAAUGUAUGGAUAUUAUGGGGAGAAGUUACCUGUUAAUCACCUUUGGGAGUUAAAGGGCCAAGUGUUUUGCCCAAGAACACAAUGCCUUAGGCAGAAUUUGAACUUCAACCUCUCAACACAAAGUCCAACACACUAACAAAUACUUUUGGCCACUGCUUCUCCAAUUUUAUUUUUUCACAUCAUCUGUAUGUGUCAUCUCCCAUCAGGUCCUCGUGAUUAUUGAUGCAAAGCCUAAAGAUCUUGGUUUACCUACAGAUGCUUAUGUUGCUGUCGAAGAAGUACAUGAUGUAAGUUUUCCAACCUUGCAAUCUCAAGAUUGAAAUUUUUUCAGUGGCAAGUUUUGAAAAUUUGGUGUGGCAUCUGUUAACAUUAAAGCUCUCACAAUUCACAGAACUUUUAUUUCUGUAUUAAACAUUAUUAGGAUGGAACACCCACAACAAAAACAUUUGAGCACAUUGCGAGUGAAAUAGGAGCAGAAGAAGCAGAAGAGGUCGGAGUUGAGCAUUUGCUAAGGUAACAGGUUAUUGUCCCACCUGGCGUUGUUUUCUUCAUCAAAGUGUUGGAUGAAACAUUGCAUUUCUUACUCUGUUUGACCCUUAAGCUUUCUUGAGUGACCAAGACAAAAAUGCUCUGCAUACCAUUAACACAAUUUCAAGCAGACAAGUGAUUAGAUUAAAGAAAAAUAAAAAUUAGUGGAUUAUUAGUUGAUCUAGUACCAAAUUCUCUGAAUGAAAAUCAAAUGAACAGUAUGGAAGACAGUAAGGAAAGUUACAUAAUGAGAUUUACAUGUAGGGUAUCAGUUUAAGGGCUGAAAAAAAUUAUGUGAAUGAGUUCAUUUUCAGUUAUUAUUGGUUAAUACAUGGAUAAUUGUGUGUUUACUUUCUCAGGGAUAUCAAGAAUCUUACUGCAGGAACACUGUCCCAACGUAUCACCAACCAGCUAUUGUCUCUGAAAGGUCUCAACUCGCGUCUCCAAGACAUCAGAGAUUAUUUGGAUAAAGUCGCAACUGGCAAACUACCUGUCAAUCACACGAUCAUAUAUCAGUUACAAGAUGUGUUCAAUUUACUACCAAAUCUGAGUCUGGAAGAGUUUAUCAAAUCACUCUCGGUAAAAACCAAUGAUCAGAUGUUGGUGGUGUAUGUAGCUUCCCUAGUUCGUGCCGUAAUUGCUCUCCAUAACCUUAUCAAUAAUAAAGUUGCCAACAGGGAUGCAGAGAGAGAUGAAGCCAGCAAGAAAGAAGAGAAAAGUAAAGAGAUUAAGGACAAGGACACUAAAGAUAAGAAUGCACAAGACAAAGAGAAAGAGGAGAAAACCAAAGCAGAGGAGAGCAAAAAGUCUUAAUUGUUCAUACACUGAAUAACAUUGUAAAAAAAAAACAACAACAACAACUUUGUCGUGGUAGAAUUUAUCACUUAAUGGAGAAAUAUGCUGUGGAAACCAUAAUUUUUAUCUCUGCCAUCGAUAAGUAUAAUUUAAAAAUUAACUACUUAUCUUAUUUUGAAAUUCCAAAGAGUAACUUAAUCUUGGAAAGUUAUCUUCAGUUGUGCAAAACUUUUGACAGUAGUGUUAUACCUUCAAGUACUACUGUACCACCAUUUUGAAAACAACUUGGUAACCUUCUCAGGAACUAGAGACCACACUGUUAGUUCACAAACAGCUGCUCUGCUUAUUCCAAAAAAAAAUCUUUAGUUUAGUCAAGAAUGGUUUUUUGUGUGUGCAUAUGACUAAAUUGUUAACCCAUGACUGUCCCUAACAUCAGUAUGCAAAUGCUCUAUAUUGUUCGGAAUACAUCUCUUUGCAUGUGUGCAGACAAGGAGAAUUUGUUUAUCAGUCAAGAGCUUCUUUGGUUGGUGAUAAUUUCCUUUAGUCUGGUGACCUUUGUGGUUUGAUUCAGGCUUGAUUUUUCAUGGAGAAAUUAGAUGCAAGUCACUCUGAGGGGUAAAAAGAUUAAGAUAGAUUUGCAAGAGAUGGGAGAGAAAGAAAAGUGAGAAUUUGGAAUUUUUUAAGCGGCCAGUUUGCUAAGCUGGAUUCAAAAUGGCAGUUUUUGUGGUCAAAUUUGAGCACUGUAGGAAUCAACUUUAAAAGUUAAGUUAACUCUUCAGAAUCUCUUAAUGUGAUCAGUGUCAUAAGUUCAUAUACACUUUUUGAUAGUGGAAAUAAAUUAACAUGGUGUUUGGAGCAUACUUUUCCUCUAUGACAUUCCCAGUGUUUGUUGAUUGAUUGUGUUAAUACUGGAUCAAUAACAUCCAUGCAACAGAUUUGAUCGCUUAAGUUUGUAGUUUAGCCA